UUCACUUGCCUUGGCAAGGGCAAACACGUUAACUGGGAUGUUGAUAAACCAAUUAAAUUAAAAAGGAUUGCUGCUAAAAGGCUGUCUGUCUGUCUGCUUCAUCAGCCAUAUCUACAGCAUCUGCUUUGUGCAUUGGUCACUAAAGCCAAACUAUCUAUUUAGUGCUCCCUUCUCAGGUUAACAAUAGUUUAUUCGCAUUAUCCAAAAUCUGCAUGCAACCACCCCCUCUGUCUCUCCUCCACCCUUCUGCUGCCUGACAAGAUAAACUGCAUCUCUCUCCCUCUCUCUCUUUCACUUGCUUGCUCACUUACUGCCCCUUGCUUACUCUUUCUCCACCCACACCACCUCUCAGUCUCUCACUGUCACAGUGUCUCGAUCCUGAGCUAAAGAAGAGGAGCAAACUGCAGGAUGUCUAUUAUAAAUAUUCACGCUCGGGAGAUUCUGGAUUCCCGUGGGAACCCUACUGUGGAGGUUGACCUCUGUACAGAAAAAGGGAUGUUUCGUGCUGCUGUUCCCAGCGGUGCCUCUACUGGGAUCUAUGAAGCCCUGGAGUUACGUGACAAUGACAAAUCCCGCUACCUAGGAAAAGGUGUUUUGAAAGCAAUCGAUCACAUUAAUAAUGAAAUUAAGCCAGCACUAAUCGAUUCGGGACUGUCAGUUCUGGAGCAAGAGAAACUCGACAACAUGAUGCUUGAGUUGGAUGGAACUGAGAAUAAAUCUCAGUUUGGCGCAAAUGCUAUCUUGGGUGUGUCUCUUGCAAUCUGUAAAGCUGGUGCUGCUGAGAAAGGUAUUCCGUUGUAUCGUCACAUUGCUGACUUGGCUGGAAACACAGACCUUAUCCUUCCAGUUCCGGCAUUCAACGUCAUAAAUGGUGGAUCACAUGCAGGUAACAAGCUUGCCAUGCAAGAAUUCAUGGUGUUACCAGUGGGAGCUGAAUCUUUCCGAGAUGCUUUGCGUGUGGGAGCAGAACUCUAUCACACACUUAAAGGUGUCAUCAAGGACAAAUAUGGGAAGGAUGCCACCAAUGUUGGAGAUGAGGGAGGAUUUGCACCCAACAUCCUGGAGAACAGUGAAGCUUUGGAGCUGCUAAAGACUGCCAUUGAAAAGGCUGGUUUUACUGACAAGAUUGUAAUUGGGAUGGAUGUUGCAGCCUCAGAAUUCUAUCGAGAUGGCAGCUAUGACCUUGAUUUUAAGUCUCCUGAUGACCCUAGCCGAUAUAUUUCUUCUGAUGAGCUGGCUGACCUUUACCAGAGUUUUGUCAGGGAUUACCCAGUGGUGUCAAUUGAGGACCCAUUUGACCAGGAUGACUGGGAGGCAUGGAGCAAGUUCACUGCAAAUGUUGGAAUUCAGGUUGUGGGUGAUGACCUCACUGUAACUAACCCUAAACGCAUUGAAAAGGCAGUGGAGGAGAAAGCCUGCAACUGUCUGCUUCUGAAGGUCAACCAGAUUGGUUCAGUUACAGAAGCCAUUCAGGCGUGCAAGCUUGCCCAAGAGAACGGUUGGGGAGUGAUGGUUAGUCACAGGUCUGGUGAAACAGAGGACACUUUUAUUGCAGAUCUAGUAGUUGGACUGUGUACUGGACAGAUCAAGACUGGGGCUCCAUGUAGGUCUGAACGCUUGGCAAAGUAUAAUCAGUUAAUGAGAAUUGAGGAAGAACUUGGAGAUCAAGCUCGAUUUGCUGGGCACAACUUCCGAAACCCCAGUGCACUCUGAAAGAGUCUGAAUAUACAAAAGAAGCCAAGCAGCUUGCUGAGAGAGACAAAACAAGUAUGCAAGAUAAAAAAGGAAAACAGAAAUGGGCAAUCCAAGUAGCACUGCACGUGAUGUCACUAAGUCCACACCUCUGCGUGACUCUCUUCCUGUCUCUCUAGCUCUUGCAUUGCUCUUCUGUCAUAAGCCAUUGCUCAAAUUAGUUUGUAUAUCUGCCUCUUAUGCUCAUUCCUUUUCUCUUACUUCUUUUGAUUCCCUGUAAUACUUUGUUUGAAAAAUCCUAUUCUGCAUUUUCUUCUGAAAGCAAAACUAAUAAAUCAGAUUUGAGGAGGCGCACUGCUUCAUGGCACUGACAAGUAUGUGACGAUUAAAACACAGUUUUCACCUCCA